AUGCACUACAACAUGAAUUACGCCUACGACUUUCAGGCUACCAAGCUUGUGCAUCGCCCGGGCAAGACGAGCGUUACCAACCUGAAGCCUCCUAAACCAAAAGCCGCGUCCCACAAGCGCGGCCUGGAUCCCGAGGAGCUCACCAGACGCCUGCAGUUCGUCAUUGCCGAGCGCAAGGCCCAUGACGAGAAGAAGCGCCGGCCUCGCGUCGCCGCCUCCUCGAGCAAGCCCUUUCGCUCCACACAGGAGACGAGCAGCGAAGUAAAGUCCCUCCGCCGCAGGACAGCCGCCCUCGAUUCGCCCAAGGACAAGCGCCCAUCAAAAGGCAGCCAUCACCAGGCGGAAAAUAGCCUGGCUGCGCGCUUUCGCCGGCGCGCCUCCAGAGCUGCGCUUGAUGAGCAGCAGUCGGCCGAUCCUGCCGCGUCCGAUGGCCCAUAUGUUCCACGGGUAGCAGCCUCGCAAUUUGCAGACACGACAAUAGGGGAUUCGCCGCCAGACAAGUCCCACAUCCACAAACUCUCUCGCGCGGCGCUCAAAUAUCACAUGGAUGGCGUCAAUGGCGAUUUCCAGGUUGCCUCGACAGCCGUGCCCGGUGCUGCACCGAUCGAACAGGCCAAGGCUCUGCGGCGAGCGCAGACCCUUCGCGAAAGAAACUAUGACCGCAACCAGUUCCAAGCGUCUUCGAUGCCCGAAGACUUGGAUCCUGCGAUCAUGUUCAGGCGUCGCAGCAUCUUUACCGCACACAACCCGGAGGAGAAGCAGCUCCGCGCCUCACGCCGGAAGAGCACCGGCAGCGUCCUGGGCGACGAUUCGUCGCUCCGAAAUCCCGUCUUUCUGCCGCCCAUGAACCCCACGGAUCUGGCCGCCGUCGCCGAAGCCCAUCGCGUUGACUGGACCCAGAGCGACGAGCCCGCCGCCACAUCGCCGCCGCCGCGACCCAAGUCGGCCUCGCCCGCGCAAAGUACCAAGGGCGAGUCGAAGUGGAAGCUGCGGGGUCGCCUGAACAGCUUUCACAGGAACAAGGAGGAAAAGAGCCCUUCGCCGCCAGCCGAUAACGUGGAGGUGCCAAAGUCGCCAAUAGCGUCGCUGUUUGCUCGAUUCCGGCGGUAA